UUUGGACCUAGGGAAGCAAUCGAACCGAAAUAUCCAUCAGUGCCAUCAACAUACCAUCAUGUCCUCAAUUCUGCCACCUGCGACAAACGCUUUGAUCCCCGGCCUAAGUUUUCCAGGGAAGCCGUAUGAUGUUUCUCGGCACAAUUCUAUGGACACAUUCCAACAGAAUGUUGUCCGAGUUCGUGAUUACAUCCAAGAAAGACUUCAGGACUUCUCAAGCCUCAAUCAUGUCAUAGAACUCAACCUUGGGGAUGCGGCUCAAUAUAAGAGUCCCCCUAUCUACAUUGAUGCUACAUUGCCAGAUGCUGAAUUACUAAACGCUCUACAAGAUGGCGUCAAGCCUGACGUUGUGGUGACAAUCAUGCCCGAAUACAUCUUGAACGUAGUCGAAGGCCGAAUGCAUGCCGUUCACGCAUUCGGAAAGCGUGCUCAGCCGCCAUGUCGAGGAAGUUUCCCCAUGUGCUUUGCUCCUGGUGGACGUCCCGAAGCAGUGGUGAACGCAGAGGAAAUUGACCAGGAGAGCUUGCCCAAGCCCACUGAAGAUAUAGACCAGAUCAAGCACGACCUCACAAGAUGGGGUUACGCUAUGGUCAAGAAUACUCUCUCACCCACACAAGUCGGGAUCCUCAAGACUGCUGUUGAAGAGCAAGCAGCGGCUGAGCGGCUGGCCGGUGUAGCACAUAUGGAUCGCGCACACGUGCAAGCAGACGACCAACCCAACCAGCGCGUGUGGGGUCUUCCAAAUAAGGGGGAUGAAUUCUUGGAUCUUCUCAACCAUCCUUUGAUUGAUGCAAUCAUGCCUUGGUUCUUGGGUGAUGCUUUCAAGCUCCAUUCUAUGGGAGCCAACAUUGCUCAUCCUGCAAAGUCUGGUAUCUACAUGCACAGAGAUCAGAUGGGGCUGACGCCUGAGACAAUUGACCAUGCGUACUUGCUGAACGCUAUGUGGUAUUUGGUCGACGUCACAGAGGAGAGAGGCGCAACGCGUAUCUAUCCUGGCUCUCAUAACAGAAACGUUGCGCCUCCCGUGAUCAACCAAGUCGGAGGUUCUGUUGCCGCAGCGGCUCCGGCAGGAACAUGUGUUCUUCUGGACAGUCGUACCUGGCACUCUACUGGUGUCAACACAUCGGAUACAACGAGGCCAGUCAUUCUCUCGGCUUUCUGUCGUUUCUACUUGCAGGCUUUGGAGAAGUACCCGGACUUCAUGGAUUUUGAAACCAAGGCAAAGCUUUCUGAUCGACAGCUGGGGCUUUUGGGCUUCAGCAUUCCUCCGAGAGAUGGCAAGCGGGUGCAGGCGUAUACCGCCUACAAUUACCCGGGCACCGAUUUUGCGAAGUCGAGGGCACCGGUUGAUGCAGGCUGGACAACUGCUAAGCCGAAUGGCAAAUAGAGGCUUUCGAUGAAACUCAAUAUGACAAACGCGUGAUCAUAGUUCAUGACUUGGUUAGAUUUUUUAGGAUUUUUUAUUGAGAAAUUAAAUGGAAAGAUUGCGCACUCGA